CAGCUGAUCCAAUGGAAAGAAAUCAGCUGAUCACGUCACGGAUUGUUUUGUUGGAAUUGCGGGUCGCGCCACAUAUUCACCGUACCGUCACCAUGUGUGCGGUACAAGUUCCAUCUUCAGCAGCGUUCUUCUCUUUUCUUGAAGAAUUUUAGUAAAUAGUAGCCACACGAUCAGAGCUCGAUAAAACAACGUUUGUUUUCCUUUGUGACUUAUUUUUUUUAAAGGUUAAAACCGUACAUGUAAACUGUACCGAAGCCUGCUGUUGAUACUAUUGUUAUUUAAAUUUAGUCGGGAGAUUGAAUAGAGCCAGCAGAGCGAAACGACGACAUGGGUGAAGGAACUGAGAUUGACCCAGCCCAUACCGGCGAUUGUCAUGAAGUUGACAGUGGGCAAGUUACGGCUGCUGGAAACAUGGCGUACCAUGCGAUGAACGUAGAGGAUGGGGCCGCGGAGGAGGAGGAAAACUCGAAAGGCAAGAUGAUGUUUGUGGAAUCAACGGCGACUAUGGAGACUGUAAUAUUUGACGAUGAUUCUGUGUCGUAUAAAAAACUUGAAGAUGGUGCAGCAGUGUUUGAUGAUCCAGAAAUUAAACCGAUGAUGACAUCGAAGUUGAAUGGUGAUGUCGAGAAAGCAGCUCAAGUUAAAACCCGUAACGUGAGCGUAUCAUCUGCAAAUUACACUCGACUCUACAAACGACGAUGGUUGAUGUUGGGUCUCUUCUGUAUGCUGUCUAUGAGCAAUGCCUUCCAGUGGAUCCAAUACUCUGUGAUAGGAAACGUUAUUGUUGAUUAUUAUAAUGUAGAAUACAUUGCUGUUGACUGGCUAUCAAUGAUUUACAUGCUUGUCUACAUCCCCCUUAUUUUUCCAGUUACAUGGUUGCUGGAGAGGGCAGGACUAAAAGUAGUGGGAAUCUUAGGGGCAAGUCUCAACUGCGCUGGGUCUUGGUUCAGAUAUGCGGGAGCAGUUCCUCAUCUUUUUCCAGUGGCUUUUGCAGGACAAACAUUAUGCGCCAUCGGGCAAGUUUUUAUUCUGGGCAUGCCAGCCCAUGUAGCAGCAACAUGGUUUGGUGCGAAAGAAGUAUCCACAGCAUGUGCGAUUGGUGUAUUUGGCAAUCAGCUUGGUGUUGCCCUUGGUUUUGUUCUUCCACCUCUCCUAGUCCCACCUGAUGGCGAUGUUAAGAAGAAUAUGCAUAAUAUGUUUGUGGGAACAGCAGCCAUCACUAGUGCAUUGCUCAUCCUUAUUAUUGCAAUUUACCAAGACAAGCCACCGAUGCCUCCAAGCAAGGCAAAAUAUGAUUCCCAGAAAUCUACAGAAGGUAGACCUUACAAGGAAUCCAUCAUAUCUCUCUUCAAGAAUGUGCCUUUUGUUCUUCUCCUCAUCACUUAUGGUGUGAAUGUAGGAUCUUUCUAUGCUAUUUCAACACUUCUAAACCAGGUCAUCUUGUCAGAAUUUCCAGGAUAUGAAGUGAUGGUAGGAGUGAUCGGUCUCACCUUAGUACUUACAGGAAUGGCUGGCUCUGUGGUAACUGGAUUUUGGUUGGACAAGACUCGUUCUUACAGAGGAACAACAGUGGCUGUUUAUGUUUUGUCGCUGGUUGGCAUGAUCUGUUUCACUUUCACACUCAAACUUGGUGAAAUCUGGGUGGUGUUUGGAAUCACUGCUCUUUUAGGGUUCUUCAUGACUGGCUAUCUCCCUCUUGGGUUUGAGUUUGCUGCUGAACUUACUUUCCCGGAACCUGAAGGUACCUCCUCUGGGUUGUUGAAUGCAUCUGCUCAGACCUUUGGUAUCAUCUUCACAUUAGUGAUGGGAGUACUGGUGAAUGAAAUCAAUUCGUUGUCCGGCAAUUUAUUCCUGUGUGUAUCCUUACUGGUUGGAACUAUAGUGACAGCAUUUAUCAAGUCAGACCUGAGGAGACAGACGGCUGAAAAACAAGAGUUUGAAGAGGUGGAGGAGGAAUCAGAUAAUAAAGAGAGUUCUGCUUUUCGACCCAAUCGUAUCAGCAGCGUGAGAUUUGAAGGAAUGGAUGAUGAGGAUGAUGCUGUAGUAACAAAAGACACAACUAGAGAUUAACCUAACAUGGUUAGGUUUUAUCCCAAUUUUUGAAUGAUUUUAUCAUUUGAAUAUUUUUCAAAUCAUGCAGUUUAAGUUGUUGAUAAAAUAAUAAUUUUCCAAAGAGUGAGAAAGUGGAAAUACCGGUAUACACAAGUGGAAAGUACCAAUUUACUACAAUGGUAUGUUCCAUUGUCCCCUGAUGUAGAGUGCAAGUAUACUCCAAUGGAAAGUGCUUGCAUACCCCAAUGUAAAAUGCUAGUAUAUGCUAUUGGAAAGUGAUAGUAUGCUAUAAUUGAAAGUGAUAGUAUACUCCAAUGGAAAGUUCUAAUGUACUUCAAUGGAAAGUGAUAGUAUACUCCAAUGGAAAGUUCUAAUGUACUUCAGUGGAAAGUGAUAGUAGACUUCAAUGAAAAGAACUUGUUUACUUGAUGGAAAGUGAUAGGAUACCCCCAUGGAAAGUGCUCACAUACCCCAGUAGAAAGUGCUUGUAUAUCCCAUUAGAAAAUACUAGCUUACACCAUUGGAAAGUGCGAGUAUACUUCAAUGGAAAGUGCUAGUGUACUCCAAUGGACAUUGCUGGUAUUCCUCAUUUGAAUGGCUAGUAUACCCUUAAUGGAAUGUGCUAGUUUAAUUCAAAGGAAAUUGCUGGUAUACUCCAAUGGAAAGUGCUAGUAUAUUCCAGUGGAAAGUGCUGGUACACUGCAAUGGAAAGUGUUAGUAUACUUCAAUGGAAAUGGCUGGUAUACCCUUGAUAGAGUGUGCUUGUAUAAUCCAAUAGGAAUUGCUAGUAUACUCCAAUUGAAAGUGCUAGCAUACUCUAAAGGAAAGCGAUAAUAUACUCAAAUGGAAGGUGCUAGUAAACCCCAAUGGAAAGUGAUAGUAUACUCAAAUAGAAGUGCUAUUAUACCUCAAUGAAAAGUGGUAGUGUAAUCCAAUGGAAAGUCAUAGUAUACUCUGAUGGAGAGUGAUAGUAUACUCCAAUAGAAGUGCUAGUACACCCCAAUGGAAAGUGAUAGUUUACUCCGAUGGAAAGUGAUAGUAUACUCCAAUAUAAAGUGUUUGUAUACCCCAGUGGAUAAUACUUGCAUACACCAAUGGAAAGUUCUAGCAUACUUUAAUGGAAAGUGAUAUUUUCCAAUGGAAAGUGGUAGUGUACUCCAAUGGAAAGUGUUAGUGUUCUUCAAUGGAAGGUGAUAAAUUCUAGUAUACCCCAAAACAAAGUGCUAGUAUACAAUUGAAAGUGCUGGUAUACUCAGAUGGCAACUACUAGUAUACUUCAAUGACACAUACCACCAUGGUUUGUGAAAGUAUAGGUCGAUGGAAAGUGAUAGUAUAAUCCAGUGGAAAGUACAAGUGUACUCCAACGGAAAGUGCUAGUGUCCUCCAGCGGAGAGUGAUAAUUAACCUCCCUUUCAAAAAGAUGAUUGAAGUUGUAAUAGAUUUAAUCUAAGCUAAAAACAAGAUUAAAUCUAAGCUAAAAACAAGAUUAAAAAUCAUUAACACAUAUAUGUAGGAUAGUUUCGGACACUUCAUUAUGAUUUUUUUUUUAGGAGUGUUGAAAAAAACAUUGAUUUUUUAUUAUAAAUAAGUUAGUUUUAUGUUAUUUCACUGCUUUUAUUUUGUAUUCAUAUGAAUGACUAUAUUCAUAAUUUUUGUUAUAUAAUUUAUCUUGUCAUUCUAGGGUUGCCCCAUGUAAACAAAUUUUGAAACUAGUUGUUAUAUUGUGUGAGUAAAAAAAAAAACUUGACACCUCACAAAUCCCGAAUUUUAGGAAAAAACUUGUCAUGAACACAUAAUCAUUAAAUAUGGGCAGAAAAAGUAUCUUCUCCCAAAUAAUUUGAUACCAUAUUUAUAUUGUGUUUUCACGCUUGGGAAAUCUGUAGGUAUUUGUUGCAAUGAUGUAAAUUUUGAUUUGCAUUAAAGUAAGGCAUGACUUCAAUGAAUGAAUCCAGAUGUCAAUGAUUUCAUAAUCAUACAAGGGUUGCAUUAGAAUCCAUUACAAAACACCUAUGAAUAAUUAACAUUAGAAUUGUAUAAUUAACACUUUUUAGUAUAAAUUCUUAAGUUAAUUUCAUUGAAAAGGGAUUUGCAAAUAUGUCUACUAACUCAUGUAGGAUUAUACCAUCAUUGGAAUGGAGACGCAUUCGAUGCAGCCAUGCCUUACUUUGGCACAACUCGAACUUUAAAUCACAGUAAAAAAUAUCUCCUCAUUAUCCAAGCAUUAACACAUACCACAUAAAUAUGGUAUCAAUUUGUUUGGGAGAAGAUAUUCUUUCAGGCCAUAUAUAAAAAUUAUAUGUUCAUAACAUAUUUUUCCUUCAAUUGGAGGUUUGUAUCGCACAGUAUAUAUAUAUUAUGUUUUAUUAAUGAAAAUAUCACUGAAAUACUAUUAAAUAGCUUAUAGGCAGUUGGUAACCUUGCCCAGGUUACAAAAUAAAAAUUAUAUAUCCAUCUAGUGUUUUUAUCAUAAUGGAAAACCUUAAGCUGACCUGAGCAUGAGCUUAACAAACCAAGACCCAUAUUCUGACGUCUGGUUUAACUUCGGCCAUGGUCUAACUCUUUUUUUUUUUUAAUUAUGGAAAGUCAAAAAUUUCAAAAUUGCUUUUAGAUGACAUGUUUCCUAUCUUAUCCUGGCUCUUUCUUUAUAUUUUAAUGAUGAAGAGAACUAUCCCAGUAAUUAUUUUCAGUCAGGUAUGAAUAAUUUGAGUGUCAAAUGAGCUUGAAAAUUGAACUUAUAGACUUUUAGAGUUACCUGUCACAUUUGGCUAUUCAUAGUUAACCCUAUCUAGGCCGAGGUAUUUUGGGAGUUCAUAUGGCCGGGGGGGGGGGGGGGGGGGGCCUCCCAGGCCCCCCCUUGAGAUCUCGGCCGUCGACCGCGCCGAAAAUCGGCACGUGGGUUGUCUGGGACAUAAUCUACAAAAUUGUAUAGUAAUUUAUUUAAUGCGAAUUGCUAUUAAGUGAUUAUGCUAAUUUAUGUGUAAUUAGUAUGCGAAAUCAUACUUUUUCCUAUAACUCCCUAAAUAAAGCUCCAAAUGUUCUAAUUUUUGGUAUAGAAACUCUUUGUGGUGUCCUUAGCAAGUGUAAAUGAACAAAAUUGCGAUAUCAAAUCAUUUUCUUAUGUAUUUCAUAGUUUUUUUACCUUUUGUUUUUCAUUGUUUUUUCAAUGAAAUUUGUUGGGGACUCUUCUGAUAUCAUAAAAAGCAUAAAAUAAAUACAUUUAGACUAGCAAAACUAAAAAUAAUCAUACAUUUAUGAUUUUGGGUUGAAAACACAAUUUCCAUUGACUUUGUACACAAAAUCACGUUUUUGAGCAAUUUUUGGUCUGACAUGCACUUACAUAAUGUUGCGUAAUUUCGAAACCACGUACCCGGGUGACGCAAAAUUGGUCUCAAAAGUUGCGCAAGAAUUUAAAGUAAAAAGUCAGCGAGCGGCGCAGUCAAAAAAUUUCACGCGGCGAAAAUAUUGCACAAAUCGUUGAGGAGGGGCCUUGGAGGCCCCCCCCGGCCUAGAUAAGGUCAAACCACAAUUUUAGAUCAGAGUUUGAAUUAAACCCCAGUAAAGGGCCAUUCAUAAAUCAAGAUAGUUUCAUUAGCGAAUUCAUGUCUUAAUUGCGUAACACUAACAUUAUUUUUUUGUGUAUACAUAGCUCUCCGUGUGGUGUACACUGCUGAGCACUCUCAUGCAUUGUUUAGAAUGAAGCUAGAUGGUGUUUCAUAAUACUGUUUUUAAAGUUACACAUGACUUCUGAUUGGAACAAAUUUUCCAUUACUAUACCCACGCCUCACUGAUAUGUAUCUAUUUUUGAAAGAAUUUAUUUCAUACAUAUAGCAGUCUUGCCAUUCUCUCACUGUUUAUUGUAAUUGUUUGACACUAUGCACUUAGCAAACAAAAUAAUCAUUGAAUUAUAUUUAUUACAAAAAUGCUUGGUCAUGGAAUGGCGCUAUUCAAA